CGGCCCCGCCCCCUGUGCGCGAGACGCCGGGCCCGCUCCGUAGCUCCUGCGGCGGGAGGCAACGGGGCCGCGCAUGCGUCUCUGCGUGAGCGCGGCGCUUCCGGCCCGGGUGAGCGGCGUGGAGCGGAGCGGGGCCAUGGUGCUGCUGGAGAGCGAGCAGUUCCUGACAGAGCUGACGAGACUCUUCCAGAAGUGCAGGACUUCGGGGAGCGUUUUCAUAACGCUGAAGAAAUAUGAUGGUCGAACAAAACCAGUUCCACGCAAAGGCCACGUUGAAAGUUUUGAGCCAGCAGACAAUAAGUGUCUUCUAAGAGCAACUGAUGGAAAGAAGAAAAUCAGCACGGUGGUGAGCUCAAAGGAAGUAAAUAAAUUCCAGAUGGCAUAUUCUAAUUUGCUGAGAGCUAACAUGGAUGGCUUGAAGAAAAAGGACAAGAAAAGCAAAAACAAGAAGAGUAAAGCAACACAGUGAUGGACAGUGUCCUACCGUCACUGUAAUAGACUUGACCCUUGCUCAAAGCAAAGUCCAUUUCUUCUUGAGUUACCACUUGUCUUUGGCUUUUCUUUUCCAGCAGGAUACUGGGAUGUGAUCAGUACUUUUGUUUUAAUUGAAAGCAGAAGGUGCUUUCUGUGGAUUGUUGUAUGGCAGGAGUAUUUACAAGAUUUUACCAAAAUAGCUUUAUACUCAUCUGCCAACUAGUUUUGUACUUAUACUGCUGUAUGUUUUGUAUAAUACAAGUGGGCAGUGUAAAACCCAUCUGGGGAAUAAUGCAGGGUGAAGAGUAAUGCAGUGCACCAUGAGCAAAGUGAGACUGGAACAGGAGUCUUGGUGAUAGAUGCCCAGUUUUAUAGAUAAGCCACAGUAGUACUAGGGAAAGUGGGUGCCAAUGUAUUACCAGGAUCAGCAGCUUUCCUGUUUGUCUUAUUUUGAGGGACUUGUUUACAUGAUGCAGUGCAGAUGUCUGUAAGGCAGCCAGGACUGUGUUUGGGCUUACACAGAGCUUAGCAGCUGUGCUUUUACUCCACGCUGAUCCAGUUGUGCUGAGCCUGGCUUGGGGGGGGUAGGGCAGGAUGCUGCAUCAUGGUUCCUUCAGACAUCGCUUAAGAAUGCUUGUGUCACCUCAAUGUUUGUUUUUUAAAGCUUCAUCCUUCAACAUAUUCAGGGAUCCGGAUUUCCUCAUUUUCACAUCUUAAAGUAACUCCUUCAUAUGAGCAGAUGUAAGAAGAUGAAUACUUACUUGUUCCUAUUAAAUACAAUGAGAAAUGGA